CGCGAGCAGCAUCCGGGGAACAUGUCCCAGCGCUUCCGUUCAUCAGCCUCACGGUCGCUUCAGAGCAUGUUUGAUCGAGACAGAGAUCUCGACAAGACGGUCCUCGUGGGGAACAUCCACAGCUGCGUGACAGAGGAGAUUCUGUUCGAGCUGUUCCUGCAGGCUGGGCCGGUAGACGAGGUGUGUAUCUUCAGAGAUGGGCCGCAGGCUUCAUAUGGAUGUGUUUAUUAUAAGCACGCUGAAGCCGUUCCCUACGCUGUGGAACUUCUCAAUGGAAUCUGGCUCUACGGGCAGCCCGUCAAGUUACAGCGUAAAACCGAUGGACAUUAUCAUAGAAAUGAGGCGUGUGCGUACCACACGGGGACAGGACUGAUAGCAGACAGGUGUGUCCCGUUACAAACACACUCCACCGCUUCUGUUGAUGGGGAUUAUAGUACCCAGGACGGUCUAAUACAGCUCCAGGUGUUGUGUGUGUGUGUGUGUGUGUGUCAGGUGUACAGCAGACGUCUGCAGGUGUGUCCUCCAGCUGUGUGGCUCUGUCCUCCUCUCCAGCUGUGUCCAAGCUCUGCUCACUCGUCUGGGACGUCUCUCCACAGGUCCGCCAGCAGCGGCGUGGGCUGUGCAAGUAGACCGCUGUAUGGAGGGCGCUGUUCGAGCAUCCUGACCCCGUAUGCUCCAGUGAGCGCUUUUAUCAGCUCUGAUUCACACGGUCCGCUGUAGACCAGUCAUAUCUGUGCAUGCUCUAAUAAAGCCGUCUGAAUGCACCC